AUGGAUAUUUUGGGAUUGAAUUUAAUAGUAUUGAUUGUUUCAAUUCAUUCGUUUUAUAUUUCUUUGAAGAGUCCUACUUUUUGUAAGGAAGUUGUGCAUUUGGAUUUGACAGCCAAUAGAGAGGAUUGUGGCGAUCAAGUUAAGGAGUUGGAAUCAAAAAUUGAGAUACAUCAAGAUGAAAGCAAAAUUUUAAGAGUUUUCCAAUUGACUGAUGUACAUUUGGGACCAUUCAUGUCCAAACAAAAACUCUUUACCUUAUGUGAAAAAAUUGCCAAGGAUCCAAGAAUUGAUCUUGUACUGAUUACUGGAGAUAUGGAAACAUUUGACUGUGCAGAAGAUAUGAAUGGAUUGAAGGAAGCUCUUACACCUCUAAAGGAAAUUUCAAAUAGAGUUGUGGCAUGUUUGGGAAAUCACGAUUAUGAGGUUUAUGAAAAGGUUAAGGAAGCAUACAGAGAGAAUAACAUUCCUUUACUGGAAGAUGAGGAAAUGCUUGUCACCAUUCCUCGUUGGUCAAAACUAUUGAACAAGACAGUUCAGGUUCAAGUGGUUGGUUCUCUCUUCUCUUACAAUCACGAUCAGGCAGCCAACAUGACAGAUGCUUUAUUCAAAAAGUAUCCAAGAAAGGCAGCCGAUGUAAAGAGAAUAUUCCUCAUUCACAACCCAGCCAUGUUAUCUUGCAUUCCUUUGGCUGAUUCUUGUGAUAUUGUAUUUUCUGGACAUCUUCAUGGAGGUCAGAUCAGAGUGGGUUGGAAGAGAAGAUGGACAAUUGUAAAGUUUGCUCAAAAAUUGCUUAAAUUACUGGGAAGAGAAAAGAGAUUCUUCAGAGUGCCAUUCCCAGAUCAAGGCCUUUAUGGAAGAGGUAUGAUACGGUUGUAUAGUCAUAGAGGAACUGGUCAUUAUGGUUUUCCAUUUGUUGUCCAAAGUGAAAUUAAAUCUGAGAAGAAUGAUGAAAAGUGCUCAGCCUCUCUUGUGUCUGAUUUGAUGCUCACCUAUUCAAUUCUAUUGAUUAUUUCUGCUGUUGGUGCAGUUUGUCAUUUCCUUGCUGCCAGUACUGACCAAUGCUUAUUCCACUUGAGUGAAUCUUCUACUCCAAACAAAGCAAAACCAUGCUAUUCCCUCUCACAGUGUUGCUUCUCUGUUAUUGGAGUUGCUGCUAUUGGAGUUUUGAUUGCCAUGACUGUCUAUCUCUAUAAGGAUUCAUGUAAGGAUUUGAGAGGGACAAUGUAUCAACUUGCAAGUCCCUAUGUGAUUACUCAAUAUGUUGCAUUUUUCAUUUUCAAUUUGUGUUCUGUCUGUAUCAUGUCAUGCAUUCAAUGUUGUGGUAUUUUUGGAGUUACAAUGUCUGACAGUAGAUUUGAAAAGGUUUAA